UCCUCUAGGGACCACACUGGCCUCGAACUCGUUCUCUCUGCCUCAGCCUCCCAAGUGCUGUCAUUAAAGGCUUGUGCUGAUACCAUACCCAACCCCAGUAAUUCUGAGUUGCUCCUGGAUAAAAGAGAUUAUUGCAGUUGAAUAAGGACUUUGGAAUGAUUUAAUAUAAUUAUAGAUGUUAUUUUGAUCUUCACUGCAAGGAACUUUACCCGAACUUCCCUUUGAACAACCUCCUCAAGCUUUAAGAAAAAGGGUCUCCUCAUAGUUGUUUGUGCCCGGACCUCAGCCACUGACCCCAUGGUGCGAAUUGGACAUGUGCCUGUUGUACUUAGAAACAAAAUAUUCCUUACGCCUUCCUUUGUUACCUCGCUGUGCCCUGAUAACCCGUUGGGUCUCCAGUGAGCUGGCGUGUAGCUUUUCCAAAGCAUAUUAUUCAGCCAGCAGAUAGCACAGAUGGUGUUGAAAAUCUUCAUGGUUUGCUCACGUGCCCAGGAUUCAGGGUAGCCCCCCUGUAGAGUAUAAAAGCCUCUCUUUAGCCUUUGGCGGGUUUCCAGAGAAACGGCUCCCCUGCAGAACCUUGCCCACUGUUCUUCCACUCAUGGGUGGAGACACUUCUAAGGUCGCUUUUGUGUACGUCCCUCGUGGUGAGCGGGAAUUAGCAUGGACUUCCGCUCAGGCAGAGGGCCCGGGUCGGAGCUGGGGGUGUGGUCACGGAGUGAGGGGCGGGGCCUCUUGCGCAUGUGCAGAAAGCAGCCGUUCCAACGGUCUCCACCACUGCCAUUGCCGUGCAGCCACCGUUGGGUGCCCUCAGCUGUUACCUGCGCGCCACCAUCAUGUCUAAAGGACAAGGUUUCUUGACUGGAGGCAAGGAGAAAGGAGAGGAUCAGGUCAGGAGCCUGGCGUGGCGGUACCUGGUGAAGCAGGGGGAGGAGGAGGAGGAGGUGCUGAAGAAGGAGGAUGAGGACUACGACGACGAGGAGGAGGAAGGCCUGGACAGUGACUCUGAGGACCUGAGCCCCGGGGCCUCCGACAUGCACCCGGACCUCCUGGAGCUGGCGGUGGACCGCGAGAAGUGCCGCAGCAUCCGCAGGCAGUACCGGCAGCUCAUCUACACCGUGCAGCAGAACCGUGAGGACAUCGUGAACACGGCCAGCAACUCGCUGACCGAGGCCCUGGAGGAGGCCAACGUGCUGUUCGACGGAGUGAGCCGAACCAGAGAGGCAGCCCUCGAUGCCCAGUUCCUGGUUUUGGCCUCUGAUCUGGGUAAAGAAAAAGCAAAGCAGUUAAACUCGGAUAUGAGCUUUUUUAAUCACGUGGCGUUCUGUGACGCGCUGCUGGUGUUUAUGGGCCUGAACUGGGUGGAAGAAGAGUGUGGCGAGUUGAGCAACUGCGACGAAAGCAUAGCGCGUUCCUUCUGGGGAACGCUGCAGAAGGAGGCCACGCCCUGGAUGCAGCGAGCCGAAACAUUCCACUUCAUUUUUGGUUCGUUCAAGGCAGAACGUUCUGCACGAAAGCCCCGGCUUGACCAUCACAAAAGAGCUUGCAAAAUGGAAGAAAAUGGAGAUAUGCCUACAAAGUUGAGGAAGCUGGACAUGCAUGCUAAUCAGGAGACCACAGAAAAAGAAGUAGAAAGAAUCUUGGGGUUGCUGCAGACCUACUUUCAAAAGUACCCUGAUACUCCAGUAUCGUAUUUUGAGUUUGUGAUCGAUCCAAACUCGUUUUCUCGCACUGUGGAGAAUAUCUUCUAUGUUUCUUUUAUCAUUAGAGAUGGCUUCGCAAGAAUAAGGCUUGACCAAGACAGACUGCCAAUUUUAGAGCCAACUAAUGUCAACCAAGUGGGUGAAGAAAAUGAUUCCUGUUCUUAUGGCAGGAAACAAGGGGUUAUAUCUUUGAGUUUGCAGGACUGGAAAAAUAUUGUCUCCACUUUUGAAAUUUCAGAGGCUAUGAUCAAAAACUCAUACUGAAGACUUUUGUUUGUGGUGUAUGACUUCUGUCUUGUACUAAUUUUAUCAAAGUAGAAUCUAAACAGAAGCACAUAGUCUAGUAAACUGUUUUCGUGAGCAGAUUGUCUACUGUGCAGUAUAUUUCCUUGGUAGCGUAUGAGGUUGUAAUCUUAAAAAUUCACUGUUGUGCCUAUGGGAAGUCUUUUGAAAACCCCUGAGUUUCUUAGAAGCCAGUUUGCUAGAAACUAAACCCAGGACUCACUGUGAUGUGGGAAAGAGUGAGAAAAGGACAAAAUCAGUCAGCAGUUAAUAUUAAGCGAUAUUAAGACUAGAAAAACCUAAAUGGCAUACUUCCUUUCAGAUAGUAGAUCUUCAUAUUCUAAACUUUUUUUUUUUUUUGCUUGAAAAGUGUGUCCACAUUUGACAGUACAGAAAGGUUUUCUGGGUUGUUUUGUCUUGAGACGGCUUCAACAUGUAGCAAUGGCUGUCCUGGAGCUCACAGAGAUAGGCCUGUUUCUGUCUCCACCUCUGCCUCCUACUUGCUGGGACUGAAGCUGUGUGCCACCACACUGGGCAAAAAGGCACUCUAGGUAAGAAACUAAGGUCAUAUGUGUGGAACUGACAAGUUAUGACAGGAGAGAAUGUACAGAAAACUUGAAUGUAAGCUGGCAGUAAUCACCUCGCCAGUAUUUGCAGGGGUGGCCAGUGUUUUUAUAGAAUCUAGUUGCAAGACUUAACUCUGGUUAAUCUGUCACCACCUUUUCUCUUUGGAUUUUACCAGCACAGAGUGUGCUUCAGAAUCAGUUUCAACAUGUUUCAACAUGUAACAACUCUAGAUAUUUGUCCCAUUAACUUUAAAACAACAGAACCCACCAAGGGCUUUCCUCUGUAUCUGGGCCUAUAUAGCAAGAAUUCUACAUCCACCCUGAGUGCUUAUGCCACAAAUGCCCGGUUUCCUGUGGGCCUAAGUUUCCUGGGGGAUGGAAAUGGGAUUUGAGUACUUGUACUGACAGUGUAGCCUUUUGCUGCUGGAAGACAGCAUCAGAGGAGGCCAUGCUCUUGAUACUGCAUGUUGGGAACUUCUGUUUUCUUUCUUUUGGUGCUAUAGUUUUAAGACUGUAAAGCACAGGACAACUGGAGAUGUGGUUUCCUGGUUAGUGCUUUCUUAGCAUGUGCUACUCCGCCUAGCUUCUAUCUAGUGGGUAGUGGGGUGUUUAUGUGUAAAUUGUUUGGUGGUCAAUGUAGAAAAUUUGGAUUAUUAAAAUCACCCUAGAAGAGGCAAUGGACAUGUCCAUGAGCACCUUCGUGUCCUUUUAUGAGUUUGUCUUUGUUGGUAGAAAAUUUCUGCUGCUGAUAACAAGUUUCCCUUCUAAAUCUGAGGUGUAGUGCAGGGGAGCAAAUGCCAAUGUCCAAAUGAUACCAGGACCUGUAUGUGGAGAAAUGCCACAUAAGUACCAGCAAUGUAUAGAGAACCCAGGAGAACAGUCCUUUCGGGAACAGACUUUCUAUAGUGGUGGUUCCCCCUUUUUCGCGUGAAGAAAUGCUAACACUGGCCACCCUUAAGCUGGAAGGAGCAUCAUUUGUCUUGCUGCUGCUCAUGCUGGCAUCUCAGCAGACUCCUGGGGUUUUCAGGAGAUAGCUCUUGGAAGGAGAAUAUACUGCCAUUGUUAAAAGAACCUUGGCAGUUCGUCCUCAGCGCCUUGCUUUAUUGAUGUCUUUGCCAAGUUGUGGUUUUUGACAUACAGAAAAUGGCUUAAAAACAUUAACAGGGGAGAGAAUGAGGGAGCGGGAUACAGCUGGGAUACAGAGUUACUAAAAUGUAACUGAUAAGAAAAAAAUAAAAUAAAAAAAAAACAUUAACAGAAGCUGGGCACACUGGCACGCUCAGGGAGGCAGAGGCAGGUGGAUCUCUAUGAGUUUGUGGACAGCCUGGUCUACAAAGUGAGUCCAGGACAGCCAAUGCUACACAGAAAUACCCUGUCUCAAAAAACCAAACAAUAGUAACACUCCCCCCCAAAAAAACAUUAACAGAAAAUUAAGCCAUUCGGGAGAGAGACUUUCUGAUAAACAUCAGCUGGGCCUCUUGCUUGUGCUUUUGCUGGUUGUGGUGUUGCAGUUUGUUGGCAUUAUUUUGGAUUCAAACUAGGUACCUUUGAAAGAUAAUUGGGCGAUAGGAGAUAUAGAAAUUAACCAGAUUGCAAAUCUGCUUUCAAUGUCUUAAAUUAGAAGAUUCAAAGAAGCUGCCUCUAAGGGGGGAUUUCACAUAUUUUGUUCGAAAGUUAGAACUUUAUUGAUUAAAAAGGCCCUUUUAUGAUCAAAGGACUUACAUCAGCCCUAAACUGUAAACUUCAAAGGAAUGGGAUAUAAAAAGCAAAAAAAAAAUAACCAUUCCAGACAAUUCUCCCUUAAAUCCCAGUUUUGGUUUUCCAAGACAGGGUUUCUCUAUGUAGCCUUGGGGCUGUCCUGGACUCAGUUUGUAGAUCAGGCAACCCCCCAACUAUCAGACUCUGGUUUUGGUUUGCCCAGUGCAAGUCCUUCCUCUUGAUGUUGGAGAGAGAGCGCUUAUAGAGUAUUUGUUGCUCUUGCAGAGGACCUGGGCUUAGUUCCCAGUGUCCACAUGGUAGCUCACAGCCACCUGAAACCCCAGUUCUAUUGGAUCUGAAACUGUCUUCUGGUGACACCAGGCACACACAUGUACAGGCAGAAAACUCAGGAUCUAAAUACAGAAUACAGGAUUAAAUUAGAAAAGUGUAUGUGGUUAAGUAUAGUUACUAGGUAUAUCAGAAAAAGCAAGAGAUGAAAGGUGCGUUUGAGAGUGACGUAUGUGAAUGAGUGUGCACAGCUUGUGUCUGUGGAAGUGAAAGGACAACCUUUUGUUUUUGAGACCGAGUCUCACCAUGUGCACCAGGCUGGCCUCAAACUUACAGAGCUCCUCUGCCUCCUGAGUGCUGAGAUUAUAGCCUGUGUCACUAUGAAAGGAUAGCAGUUGAGAUCUGGGGAUCGUACUCAGGUCAUUUGUGCAGCAAGCACUUUUACUGACUGUCCCAUUAGGCAAGUUUCUUCCAUAUUAAAAAAAAACAUUUCAGUUAAAUUAUUUGACGUGCAUGGUUAUUUGGAGCUCAGAGGACAACUCUUUUGGGAGUUGGUUUUCUUUCCAUAAUAUGGGUCCCAGGAAUAAUUAAAUUGAACUUGGUGGCUGCUGAUUUGUCUCACCAGCUUGGACAAGUUUAAUGCCAUAGCCUGUCCUAUCUGAAAUAAAAAUGACAUCUGACUAUCUUGAGGAUUUGAUGGGAUUUAAUGUGCACAAAACAUGUCUUGUACAAUAUCUUGUCACAUUGCGGACACUCAGCAGAUUUUACAGUGCCGCCUCCUUCCCUGUUGACUUCUCUGUAAUGGUCUGUUUUCUUUGAGUCUCAUACUUACUUGGUUUUUAUUGAGACAGGGUUUAUCUGUAUAGCUUUGGCUGUCUUGGAAUUCCCUCUGUAGACCAGGCUGGCCUUGAACGCAUAAAGAUCCACCUGCCUCCACCUCCCAAGUGCUGGGAUUAAGGGUGUGCGCUACCACCUUUCUUUGUUCGGGGGGAUUUAUCGUCAACUGAUUUGAAGUGCAUAUUGCUAACUGACUUCGAUGGAUACCCACUCUGCGCUGCUCUGGUCUCUGGAGGCGAGUGGUGGAGUAUUGCCAUCGAGAAUGGGCUCUACAGUGUCCUGGCUAUGCUGGUUUCCUGCUGCUACUGCUGUAACAAAUCACUAAACACCCAGUACCCAAGACAGGACUACCCAAGCUGUCUUGGAGGCUGGAUGUCUAAUCAGAAUGGGUUUGGCUAGACCAAAAUCAGGACAUCAGCAGGUCUGGUAGCUUGUCCUGGGGAGCUGUUCAUUUGAUUACAUUUUGAGGGGGAACCAUUUAGCUAGAGCUGAUAGCCAGUUAAGUGGGGUUAAAAUGAAAGGAUAGUUCUAGACUCAGCUAAAUGCCGCACAUGCCCACAGCUUGCCAGUUACACCUUAGAGAUUCCCUUGUGCUUUUGUUUAAACCUGGCUGAUACAAUUUUACUUUAAGCUUGAACUGUAAAAAUCCCAUAUUAGAUUCAGAGUUUUGGUAAAGAACACUAUAAACCUUUGGAAGAGGCAGUUUAUGGCCUUUUAGGAUUGGGGGUGGCGGGGGAGGAGUGCAUUUGUUCUCACUUGUUCUGCUUAGGUGUUGCAAGAGGUUGGCUCCAAGGACAACAGGUUUUUCUUUUUCUCUUGUCUUCCCAUCUGUCCUAAGAACAUGCAGUUAAAGUGAAUUUGAGAUUGUUACAGUUAAUCUUUUAAGUCAAUAAGUAUUUAUGGGGUUUCAAAUGUGAUAUCCUCGCUGUGAAUUGAGGUCACUGACAUUCGGGAUUUCUAAAAUGGCCCUUUUCAAAGAACCAAGGCUUGAUCUGGUUGUGUCACCAGCCUGCAACCUUUGGAUUCUUUUAUCUGAGUGAAUUAAGGACAGACAUAUCUGUGACAGCUUCAGAGUUCUCCAUCAGAGAUCUUUUUGCAUUAGCGUCUUCAGUUUGCUUCACACAGUCCGACUACUGCUGACACUGAUGCUCUCUUAAGUUCAGGCUGUGUUCAUUCCAGUUGCAUCCACAAUGCUGUGUCCGUAUGUUGGCAGAGGCCACUGCAGCUACCCACACUCCAUAGUUACAAUUACAAACUAUUCCUGUAUCAACUUCAGUAUCAACACUGACCUCACCUUCUGCUGUUCUCUGUGUCCAUAUUCCUGUAUGUCUUUAAAACUCACACUGAACAGUGAUUCCCAGUUGCAGAAGAGGAUUAAUUUAGCACCUGUGUUCUAUGCCUUUGUCCACCAGUUGAACAAAAGCACACUUAAGUGCUACAUGAGUUAUUUUGCUUCUAUGUGUGUGGGUGUCUGCCUGCAUGGAUGUCUGUACUACUUGUCUGCCCGGUGCCUGUAGAGUUACAGGCAGUUUUGAGCUGCUUUGUGGGUGGGGAAUAGCAGCUAGUGUUUUAACCACUGCCCCCCCCCCCCCAUGUAUAACAGGUGUGUGUGUGUGCAUGCAUGAGAAUGCUGGUGUCUGGGAACCAGACUCCGAAAAAACAAUGCACUCAACUGGUCAUCUAUUGCCUCAGCACCACAAUAAUUAUUUUUAAAAAAGAACAUCUGUUAAGUUUUUGUUUUUGUCUUGUUUAUCCUUUAAAAGCAACAAAUGGGCCUCACGCUCUUGGUGACCCUCGGGAGAGGAGGUGCUCUGGCUGUGUGAUUUCACCUAAACCUUUGGUCUGAGUGGCUGUCAUUACCAGCUUUUUCCCC